AUGGAAUCUAGGACUCACUGUGGUGGAAGCAGAUGGUACUUGCCAAAUCACAACACUCUUUCUGUGUUAGAAAAAGACAUCCCAAAUCUUAAAGGACUCGUCGCCAAGGGCCGUGUGAUCCGUGGACAGAGGAAGGGCGCCGGGUCUGUGUUCUGCGGGCACGUGAAGCACGGUAAGGGCGCCACGUGCCUGCGCGCCGUGGAUUUCGCCGAGCCGCACGGCUACAUCAAGCGCAUCGUGAAGGACUUCUUCCACGACCUGGGCCGCGGCGCGCCCCUCGCCAAGGCGGUCUUCCGGAAUCCCUACCGGUUUAAGAAGCGGGCGGAGCUGUUCAUUGCCGCCGAGAGCAUUCACACGGGCCAGUUUGUGUAUUGCGGCAAGAAGGCCCCGCUCAACACUGGCAAUGCACUCCCUAUGGGCACCAUGCCUGAGGGUACGAUUGUGUGCUGCCUGGAGGAGAAGCCUGGAGACCGUGGGAAGCUGGCCCAGGCAUCAAGGAACUAUGCCACCGUUUUCUCCCACAACCCUGAGACCAAGAAGCUGUCCUCUGGCUCCAAGAAGGUUAUCUCCUCAGCCAACAGAGCUGUGGUUGGUGUGGUGGCUGGAGGUGGCCGAACUGACAAACCCAUCUUGAAGUGUGGCCGGGCCUACUACAAAUAUAAUACAAAGAGGAACUGCUGGCCACAGGUACGGGGUGUGGCCACGAACCCUGUGGAGCAUCCAUUUGAAGGUGGCAACCAUCAUCACAUUGGUACGCCCUUCACCAUCCACAGAGAUGCCCCAGCUGGCCGCAAAGUGGGUCUCAUAGCUGCCGGUGGGACUGGACGUCUCGAGGGAACCAAGACUGUGCAGGAGAAAGAGAACUAG